AUGGCGUUUGAUCUCGUUCGAAAACGUCUCACUAAAGAACUCAAAUUACUAAUAGAAAAUCCUACGCCUGGCAUUCGAGUCGUCGAUGAUAAUUCCGAUAUGCGAAAAAUUCGAAUUGAUAUUGAAGGUGCAUCAGGAACAUUAUAUGAUGGUGAAAAUUUUCAAUUACUAUUCAAAUUUUCGGAUCAAUAUCCAUUUGAUUCACCACAAGUAAUCAAAUUAAAUUAUCAUAUAUAA